AUGGAAGAACCUAAGCCUGAAAGGGCCUCUGCCAAGAAGGGAGAGAAGGUGCCCAAAGGGAAAAAGGGGACAGCUGAUGCUGCCAAGGACGGGAACACCCAGCAGAAAAUGGAGACACCAACACAGACCAGGCACAGAGAGCUGAAGGUUCAAUUUCAGAAGCUUCAGCAGCUACGCCUUACCCAGUAUCACGGCGGGUCCUUACCAAAUGUCAGCCAGCUGCGGAGCAGUGUGUCGGAGUUUCAGCCAUCAUUGCAUCAAGUGGACAGUGUUCGAGGAACUCGCCACCAUGGGCUGGUGGAGAGGCCAGCCAGGAACCGCUUCCACCCACUUCAUCGAAGGCCUGGGGACAAGCCAGGACGACAAUUUGAUGGUAGUACAAUUGGAGCCAAUUAUUCCUCGCAGCAUUUGGAUGAGAGUUGGCCAAGGCCUCCUUGGAAAGAUGAAAAGCAUCCUGGGUUCCGGCUAUCAUCUGCACUUAACAGGACCAAUUCUGAUUCUGCUCUCCACACAAGUGCUCUGAACACCAAGCCCCAGAACCCCUAUGGAGGAGGGGACCAGUCCCCUUGGCCUGCCACAUACAUGGGUUUCUGUGACAGUGAGAAAGACAGACCUGGCGAAGUGGUAUCUUUCCCGGGCCCAUUGAAAGAAGAGAAUCUGUUAAAUGUUCCCAAGUCAUUGCCAAAACAGCUGUGGGAGACGGAGGAGAUACAGUCCCUGUCAGGACGCCCUCGAUCCUGUGACGUCGGAGGUGGCAAUGCCUUUCUACAUAAUGGUCAAAACAUAGGCCUUUCACCCUUUCUGGGGACCCUGAACACAGGGGGAUCGUUGCCAGAUCUAACCAACCUCCACUACUCGACACCCAUGCCAGCCUCCCUGGACCCGGGCGACCAUCCCUUUGGGAGCAUGAGUGUGGGGAACAGCGUGGGCAGCCUCCCGGCUGCCAUGACACACCUGGGAAUAAGAAGCUCAUCUGGUCUUCAGAGUUCUCGGAGUAACCCCUCCAUCCAAGCCACGCUCAACAAGGCUGCCCUCUCCUCCUCCCUAAAUAGCCACACGCAGACAUCCAUCCCCAAUGCCUCUGCUCUUCAUCCUUCGCUCCGUUCGUUUUCCCGUAGCAACCCAUCCCUUUCCACCACAAACGGCGGCCUCUCUCGGCGGAGGCAGCCACCCAUCAGCCCUCUCACGCUUUCUCCUGGCCCAGAAGCACAUCAAGGUUUCAACAGACAGCUCUCUUCAACCAGCCCACUGAACCAGUAUCCUGCCUCCCAGAUGGUGCCCUCAGAUGGAAGCCCGUUUUCCUUCCUGCCCACAGAAGCUCAAACCCAAGUGUCCCCACCACCCCCCUACCCCGCACCCCAGGAACUCCCACAGCCUCUCCUCCCGCAGGCCCAAGUCCAGGAGUCCCUGGCUCAGCAGCCCCAGAUAGCCUCAGCACUGUCCCAGUCAGAUUUCCAGCUCCUUGCAUCCCAGGGCUCAUCUUUGACCAACUUCUUCCAAGAUACGGGCUUUGACCAGCAGCCCAUGAGAGCAGGCCCGGCUUUCCUGCCACAGGUGCCCCUGUUGCAGCAAGGCCACCGGGAACUGCAGAGCUCACUGCGUCUGAGAACAAACCUGUAUUCCAACUGCGGGGGCUUCCCAAACGCCAUCCUCACAGAAGACUCACACGCCAGCCUCUUCAAAGACCUCAGCAGCGCGCUGGCAGGCAUGCCGGAGGUCAGCCUGAAUGUGGACAAUCAAUUCCCCUUGGAAGACGAGCUCCAGAUUGAACCCCUGAGCCUGGAUGGCCUCAACAUGCUGAGUGACCCCAGCAUGGGCCUGCUGGACCCCUCUAUUGAAGAGACAUUUCGAGCUGACCGACUGGGAACAGAAUGGGGCAGAACAGGAGACUUUCUUUCUGAAGCAGCCAAACUUGAACGGAAAUAGAACGGAGGCAGGUAUAUAUGCCUGGGCUGUAGUUAAUCUCAGGCUUCUGACAUGGAACAAACCAAUUCCAAAGCUCCAACCUUCCUGGUGGGGCCCCGUCUCACCCGCCAUGGCUUAUUGUGGACCGCAAGACUGUGCUCCGCUUCUUGGGCCCACCGUACAGACAGGCUGUUGGCUUUCCGGUGGAUCAGCAGCUCAUCUUGGGGACGCGUUCACCUUCAGCAGGUUAAUGUGUAAAGGUAGGAAACACCGUGAAGCGGAGCCUGGCCACAUUGACCUCGUCAACACUGAAGGAAGGACUUGGAGCGAGGGAGGCGAAGAGGGACCACGGACCUGGAGCGUGGCGUUCUGGGGCGCGCUCAGUGCCUUCAGUCCAUGAUGAAGAAGGGCUUUGCCCGAGUCUAAGUUGCCGUGCGCAUCAUCCGAUUGUGCUCUCUGCUGCCGCUUCUGCGCCCUUGCCCUGUGGGAGGGCGGAAUGGCCCGGUCUCUUCAGCACUGCAAAGCAGCUCCCCAGUAACUGGUGAGACUGAAGAGCACUGCGCUCCCGUGAGGCUGGGGGACAGAGAGAGGGCUGCGGUGUCUCCUCCAGACAAGCCCCAGACGCGCACACACCUCCUGCCCCCAGACCUGCUGGAGGGAAAAGGCAGCAGGUCGGAAUCAGCCCUGGGGCACCUGAGCUUCCCUUCACGUGCAGAGCUGUCUAUGGACCGUAAGUGCUCCUGCGACCCCACUGGACCAUCAGCUCCUCAAGGGCAAGACUGUGCCUUCUCCCCCUUGGAUCCAUUGACCCUACCAAGUGCCUGGCACCAAGGAGGUGCCUCAUUGAUCACACGGCGUGCAGGAAUGAUGAGGGAGGGAGUGCGUGCACGUGCAGAUCUGCCUCGUGCACGAAGGCAGUCCCGUUCCCUGCCAGCUCCUCAGAGCUCUUGGAUCUCUAACACUUGAGCCUGUGGUUAACACUAGGUGACCAAAGCCACGGUUAGACCAGGCACCCCUCCAUUCUCCUUGAGGAGACUGGCUGGGCACGCUUUGGCCACCUAGGUAUGUGAUCCAGGCCCCGACCUCAAAAGGUCACAACUAGCCAUUAAUGCCUUAUUAUAAAAUAGGUUUCCACCACCCCUUGCCUCCCCUGGCCACUGCCUCAGCUAGCCUAAGCUAGAGCCAUCUGGAUGCCAGCUGGAGCCAGCCUAGCCUGCAGCUCACCACAGGGAAGGGUGGGUGGGAGGAGGGCGUGGCAGCACUCUGUUGAAAGUAAAUGAAACGCACCCACCCUCCAGUCGGAGUCUCCUAACUGGGCUGGUGCCACUCUCCAUGCCUCCCCCUGUGUCUCUGCUCUCUUCAGAGAGCUGGGCAUAAUCUGUAACCUGCCUUAGUGGAGGGGUGGCUCCACCACUGGAUCAGGAAACCAAACCAGGCUGGCCCUGGCCAGGCUCUGCUGCCCUUGCCUGCUCUCAGGGUGGGGUUGCUUUUUGUUUAAGCCAAUUGGCCUUCCAUUGUAAAUUGAGUACCCAGCUCACCUGCUGCUCUCCCAGAGGACCCCAACCUGACUUGGCCUUUCAGGCACGGAGGGCUGGUGCUGAUGUAAGAGUUUUGCAUUUUCAUCCAAGGCAGUCCCCGCAGAGCCUCCCUCUGCACAGUGCUUUUACCAGAGAGCAUCCUGGCCUUGGUGUUGGGGUCCCAGCUCAGCCUGUACAGAAGCCUUGCCUUAAGGCUGAAGACCCUCACACACAUAGUGAAGAUCACGUGGACCUGUGUACGUCCUCCAGGAGGCUCCCGGAAGGAAUCAAGGCUCCCCAGAGUGCUUGCUUCGGCGGCACAUAUACUAAAAUUGGAACGAUACAGAGAAGAUUAGCAUGGCCCCUGCGCAAGGAUGACACGCAAAUUCGUGAAGCGUUCCAUAUUUUUAAAAAAAAAGGCUCCCCAGAGAAGAGAUCUGUCCAGGGGAGAGUAAUAAGGGCGGUGCCUGUAGCACCGAGGCAUAGUGAGCUCCUGGUCGGACUGCUAACCAGAAGGUCAGCAGUUCUAAACUACCAGCCGAGAAAGAUGAGACUUCCCGCUCCCGUAAAGAG